CGCACGCGUGCAGACGCCACAAGAGAGCGAUUUGCAGCAGCAGCAGAGUAGCAGCGGCGAAAGAAAGCAGCAGCAGCAGCAGCGCUAGAAAGAAACGGCAAACAGGAAUCCGAAUCCAAAUCGGUGGCAAGAAGCAGAAGCUGAAACGGACGCCGAAUUAGAAAUGUUUACCAUUUAAGCCAGGCUUAAUAGAAAUACUCUCACGUACUCUACCUGGGCUCUCCCACCAGCCAGUGCCAGUGCUCUCUCUCUCCUUUCUCUCACACCUGCUCUCGCUCAAUACGACGCUCUCUCCCUCUCUCCGUGUGGCCGGGAGUUAAAGUGAAAGUUUUCCACACAAAAGUGGCGAAGGUCCGUUAUCUUGGCCCCCGUUCGGGCCAACUUGCAAUCAGAAACUCAGACACACGCGGAGCGUUCAAUUGACCGGACGCUUGGAUCGGUCGAGGAUCGCGGUGAAUCAGAAUCGGAAUCGGAAACGGAAUCAGAUAGCUGAGAUACUAUAAUAUAGCCACCAUAUACACUUACUAUAUGUGGUGCAGUGUGUUAGUGUUUUGGUGCCACCAGCAGCAGCAGCAGCAACUGUAAAUUCGCAGCUGACCAAAGAAAGCGGCCGAGUUAAAUACGCAAAGUGUUCAGCGGUGGUCGUCGUCGCAGCAAUUAAAUCGGUGUCUGAUCAGAAUCGGAAUCGGAAUCAGAGAUCCAGAUACAGUUACAACUUAUUUUCCGCUCGACGCGCGUUCGUUGCCUAAGUCUUUCGUUUUGCGCGCGCUCCGUUUUCGCACUCGCCAUACCGAUUUGCGAUUUCAAAACCUGAGCAACCUGGGCGACGAAUAUUGAAGCCAGCUGGUACAUAAAACGCUGCCAGACGGUCUAGGCCAAGAUAUCCCCGCCAAGUGUCCGGCCACCAGCAAACAUGUUUAAGUGGGUUACGCCGGCCUCAACGGCGACGUUGUCCCGCUGCAAAGCAACAAGCAACAGAACAGCUACAGAAACAACAACGAGAAUAACAAAGCCACAACUACUUUCCAUCGCUUUAACAAGUUUAAUAAUAAUAGUCGCAUCAUUUGUGCCGACAACAAGUGGAUUUAGAUCAAUUGAAACGAAUGGCGGUGGUCGUAAGUUGUUUGGUGGCUACCGCAUCACCCCGAAGCACUGUCGCGCCACCAAGACUCUGCCCAGCUCCGACCCGCGUGCCAAUGGACCCACCAUCUGCAUGUUCAACCACGAGUGCGCCCAGAGGGGCGGCGAGGUUGUGGGCGCCUGCAUGGAUGGUUUUCUGUUUGGGGCCUGCUGCCAGAUUCCGCCCACCCACGAGCUGGCCAGCACGCUGAUCAACGAGGCCCAGAACGCCUACUUCCAGCAGCACAAGCUCCAGCAGCAGGCAGCUGCCCAGUCCUCGUUCGAGAGCUACGGCAGCCAGCAGGAGCAGCACCACGAGCUGAGCGACGAGCAGGUGGUGGCACAGCCGUCGCAGAACAUCUACGACCAGCAGAACCUGGACAAGGUGUACCAGCAACUGGGCAGCAGCAGCACCAGCAGCAGCAACAUCAGUCCACCCAGCGGCGGCUAUGGAAACGAACCGGCCCAGGAGCCGGAGCAGGAACCGGAGCAGCCUCUAACCUAUUCCAGCAGCAGUAGCACAGGCACUUCCACAGAAGCCGCCCAAUAUCAGUCCUCCUCCGCCAGCUUGGAAUUCGAACAGGAAGCCUCGCAGCAAGCCGACACCUCCAAGGAAGCCAGCACCACCCAGAAGGUGGUAGCCAGCCAGCCGGUCCAGCCACCCACGUUCCACGUCCACAAGCACUCUGUGACCAUCAAUUCGCCCUCUUCCCCGCCCCAGAACGACGACUUUGUGAUGCAGGUGCUCAGCACCCUGCCGCCAGAGCAUGCCGAUGACCACCGUGUCGUCUUCACCACCGAAGUUCCCACCAAGAUCGGCAGUGGCCUGCAAGACCAGACCAGCUCCGAGUCCAGCUCGUUCGAGGAGGUUUCUUCCACGGCAGCUACUACUCUGAAGCCCAAGCCUAAGCCAUCCACUCAAAAGCCAAAGCCGAAGCCAGUUCCUCAGCUGGCCGAGAGCAUGAAGAGGCCCAUCCAGCAGGCUAAGCCUCAGCAGGCAGCCAAACCCAAGCCCCAGCCCAAGCCUAGCCAGACAGCGGGCAACAUCCAUCACCACAACCACCUUAUCUUGGACGGAGGAGAAUUCACUCACAGCGACAUUACGCACCCCGGAGCUGAUGCCGACCUGGUAGAGGAUCUCCAGUUCUCCACGGGCUACGGUCCCCAACCGGUUUACGCUGAGCCACCAAAGCAGGAGCCAGAGCCACAGCUGCCCGAACAGAGCUACAUCUCCUCCAGCACAGCUGCCAAACGUCCGACCAGUGGUCAGAGUCCCACCACAGUCUCCUCGAUCACGACCCAUGUGGACUCCAUCGAGUCCAUCAUCCUGCAGCUGAACAACACCAGCCACGGACCCAGCUACAACGUCGUGAGUCAGCAGACGCCCGCCUACGGUUACCCCUCGUCGGGAGCUUCACCAAGUCAGCCUGCCACCCAGCCACCUACUUUCUACCAGGAGAAUGAAUCUGAGAAGGUCCAGGAGUCGGAGCAGCAAUCGGACUACGGAUACACCACGACGACCAACUACGACUCCGCCUACGAUAAGGUCUCCGACGAGAAAGACACUUCAGCAGCUGGCAGCCAGUCUGCGGAGCAGCCCACUGCCCGCCCCGGCUACGGAGAUGAUGUGUCCGCCGUACUGGAGGAUCACACGAUUCCGGCCACCAGCUACAAUGAUGCCAUGGCCCCUGCUCCUCCCCAGACCUCCGAGUUCAACAAGAUGCCCGUUAUGGGCAUUGCCUAUCCGGUGGAUAUGUCCUACAUCGAGGAAGAGGGCAGCUUGCUGGGAGGAUCAGAAAGUGGAGCUGGCUAUGGCCAGGUGAGCAGUGACUCCUAUGAGGCCAGCACUGAAUCUGGGUACCAGAAGCAGCCCUCCGUUCAGACGGAGCAGCCGCAGCCAGUGCCCACCUACGUUCGUCCCACCACGAAUGCCAACAAUCAGAACCGCCCCGUGGCGUCAUACAUUGGAAUGGUGACCAUGUCGCACUACAGCCCCCAACCUGGAAACGCAGACUACCACUCGCAACUGCCCGCCGAGGUGUCCGUGUCGUCGCAUACAACCAAGGUGCAGGAGCAGUACGACGAGAGCUCCAAUGGCUACCAGCAGCCUUCGGAAACGACAUCUGAUUACAUUGCCUCUCAGCCAACGGCUCCUCCAGCCGCUUCUCCUCAACGUCCCCAGUACGACGCCGUGCCGGAUCCACCCUCGGAGCGACCUGUAUUGGUGACGGCGAGGCCCAAGCCCUCGACCAAGCGCCCGGGAUUGAAGAGACCCAUUAACGGGGAGAACACCAAGAAGAAGCCACAACCACAGAAGCAGCCUCAACUGAAUGGUUACAACCAGGAGAAGGUCUCCGAGUCUCCCAUAACUCAUAUCCAGAUCAAGAAGCCAGCGGCAACUCAUCACAAACAAGAGCAGGUCCAAUCUGGAUACCCAAGACCAGCUACUGCAGGCUACGAACAGACAACGGCUGCUGCUCCGUCUCCAGCUGCUCCCUCUCUGAACUACGAUAAGCCCGAUGCCCCGGCGACUCAAUUCGAUCAGCCUUCAGCUCCGUCCUCUGGAUACGACCAGCCGGCGCCGAUGCCCUCGGUGCACUACAACGAGGAGCACUUGUCCAGCUCGCCAGGAAGGAAGCCAUCGACUUCCAAGCCCAUUGCCACAAGCUACGUGACUGGACCCAGCACACCUCGCCCUUCUGCCAACGUGGACUACCACUACGACAAUGUGCCCCCGCUCUUCAUGGCGGACGACAAGCUAGAUGCCUUCAUCCAGAGCACAGCUGAGAACAUUGUAGGCUCCACGCCUGGCAACUACCAGCCUCCCUUGGUGGCCACCGCCUCCACACCCAUCUACGUUCAAAGACCCACCAGCAGCGGAAGCUAUGGCCACAAGAAGCCCGGAUUCGUGCAGAUCAAUGGAACUCCCAAGCCACCACGUCCCACGGUGUUGAUUACUCCCAAGCCCACUGCCAUAAACCUGGUUACGUACAGCACCCUCGGCGAGGAUAACAACAAGCUGGCCUCCAGCACUAGUUCCUAUGUGACCGGCAGACCUGGAGCAGGCGUGAGCUCCAACGACUUUGAGGAUCCUGGCUACUUUGGCAGCAGCCCCGUACACUCGGCCUUCACACAGUCUACCACUGAAGCCAUUUACGCAGUGCCUUCGGACGACAAGCCGGCAUUCCCAGGAUACUUUGGACCAACGCCCUCGUACCCGGCUUUCUCAGUGCCCGGAGAAAAGGUUGGACAAAAUGUGAUGGAGGAGACGUACACAUCGCCGAACGACUUUGUCAACUUCCCGCCAGUUCGAAACCCGAACCUCAACAUGUCUGCCGCGUCGAGUGCUGUGACCAGCGACCUGGAGCUCUCCACUCCAGCCUUUGUGGAGGAUGUGGUGCUGAAGGACAAGAUGCACACGCUGGUGCACAAGCUGGUGGCCUCGCUGCAGGGCAACUUUGAGGCUCUGGCCGAUAUGAUUGAGGAACCGGGAAGCAACAAGACAGCGUCCACCUACCAGGCGGGAGCUGGAGGAGCAAAGCCCGUGCGAGUGACCACCCGCAAGCCCGUGAGGGUUGCAACUACGACCAGACCGAAAGUAACCACCAAGAAGCCCGUAGUUACACGAGUCUCCACCAAGGCGCCCAACAAGAAGACAUCCGCCAGCAGCACCACUCGGAAGCCGGCGACUCGACGCACCACCGUAGCCCCCACCACCCGUAAGCCAACCACCAAGAAACCUACUCGCCGGGUGAGCAGCACCAUUAGGCCCACCACAGAGAGCGCCGCCCGUCCCGCUGAUGACGAGAUCGUGGACGAGGAGGACGAGGAGGAUGUGAACCCGAAUCCCAGCGACAACGAGAUCGACCAAGGCGCCACUCUCAGCUCGUACGGCAGCAACGGUCGCAAAAUCCAGUGCGGUGUGCGGCCCCAUGUCAAGUCCGGCCGCAUUGUCGGCGGCAAGGGCUCCACCUUCGGCGCCUUCCCCUGGCAGGUCCUGGUCCGUGAGUCCACCUGGCUGGGCCUGUUCACCAAGAACAAGUGUGGCGGCGUCCUCAUCACCAGUCGCUACGUUAUCACAGCUGCUCAUUGUCAACCUGGAUUCCUGGCCUCCCUGGUGGCCGUGAUGGGCGAGUUCGAUAUCUCCGGCGACCUGGAGAGCAAGCGUUCUGUGACGAAGAAUGUGAAGCGAGUCAUCGUCCAUCGGCAAUACGAUCCGGCCACCUUCGAAAACGAUCUGGCGCUGCUGGAACUGGAUAGUCCAGUGCAAUACGACACCCAUAUAGUUCCCAUUUGCAUGCCAAAUGACGUAGCGGACUUCACUGGCCGCAUGGCGACCGUGACAGGUUGGGGACGCCUUAAGUACGGCGGUGGUGUGCCUUCCGUUCUGCAGGAAGUGCAGGUGCCAAUUAUCGAGAACAGCGUUUGCCAGGAGAUGUUCCACACCGCUGGCCAUAAUAAGAAGAUUCUCAGCUCCUUCCUCUGCGCCGGCUAUGCCAAUGGCCAGAAGGACUCCUGCGAGGGUGACAGUGGCGGUCCGCUGGUGUUGCAGCGUCCCGAUGGCCGGUACGAGUUGGCCGGAACCGUGUCCCAUGGAAUCAAGUGUGCGGCACCCUACCUGCCCGGCGUCUAUAUGCGCACCACCUUCUACAAGCCCUGGCUGCGCAGCAUAACAGGAGUGAAAUAAGGAUUCCGAACCCUUGGAGAAGGUCCUGCGGCAACCAGGCA